AUGAACGAGAUUUACUAUACAAAACUUGCACGCUUUAUACAAUUCAGUCUAUUAAUUUUAUUUAUGGUUCCAUCAAUUCUAUGUGCUCUCUAUUUCAUCUACAAUACGAUAAAGAUUCGAUCAUUUCGUAAACGAUUUCAAAAUCAAACAUUAAUUAUUCUUGUUUGCAUCAUCUUAUUAGAUAUAGUUUGUAAUCUUUCGAUCACAUUGAGUUUUUAUGGUCAUGGAUCUAUUGGCAUUAAAACAAAAUUUUUCUGUGAAUUAUGGGAAUUUCUUGAUUAUGCCUUUACUGCCCUUAUUGUCUGGUAUACAGCAAUAUUUACUCUUGAACGAUAUAUGCUUGUGUUCUAUUCAAAUCUGCUUCGUUCUCCAAAACAAAAAUUAAUUUUCCAUUAUGUGCCACUAAUAACAAUAACUGUGUAUUUAUUUGUGUUCUAUCUAUUGGCUAGUUUUGUUAUAAUAUGCUUGAGUACAUUAAAUUAUAAUAAGCUUUUAUGUGGUACUCAGUGUCUUGAUCAACAGAAUGUGUUAUCAACAUUUAAUUGGUUGUUUAACAUAUUAUUUCCAGUAUCUGUAGUUAUAGUUGGAUCAUUUCUUUUACUUAUACAUGUUCUAUGGAAACGACGAGAGAUGCAACGAAAUUUAGGGAACUGGUCAAAAAAUUGGAAAAUGAUUGUACAACUUUUAGGAAUCGCAAUUGUUUAUGUAACUGUCUGGGGCCCGCUUAUAUGUCUCUCAUUAUUCUCAAUAUUCUUUUAUCGUAAUGAUCUUAUCGAUCAAAUUGAACACUAUAUGUAUUUUACAAGUUAUUUAUGUGACAUGAUCACACCUAUUGUGGCUGUAUUUUUAGCACCUGAACUUAUGCAAAAACUGCGUGGACGUACGAGACCAAGUACAAUUGAUAUUGGAUCUGUAACUAUUCGUCAAUAUUCAAAUAAUUAA